UGGUGAUGUGGACGGUCGCCGGCCUUGAGCGGGUUGAAACUGACUUGCCGUGUGCAGUGGGCGAGGUCAUGCAGUGUAGUACAGGUACUACUACUACAUGUACAUAGUACUACAUCUACUGUACAUGUAGUGUGCACGUGUACAUGUACAUGUACGUGUUCAUCAAUAUUGCAUUGUUUUCCAGAGAUCGGAGAGCCAAUUUAACCACAAAGCGACAUGGCCAGACCCCUGGAGGGCAAGGUGGUUGUCAUCACUGGAGGUUCAUCAGGAAUCGGUCUGGCUAUUGCUAAGUGCUUAGCACAAGCAGGUGCAUCAGUUGCAUUAGCAGCAAGACAUGAAGAGAAACUAGAACAAGCAAGACUCAAGAUUGCAGAGAUUGGAGGAAAAGUCCUGGCGGUCAAAACAGAUGUCUGCGUAAGACAACAGGUGAAAGAUCUGAUCGCUAAGACGGAAGCCGAGCUAGGACCAGUUGAUAUUCUUGUCAACAAUGCAGGCAUUGGUUACUACACAAUGAUGAGGAACUUAAAAGAAGACGAAUGGGAGAAGACGGUGGAUGUCAACUGCAAGGGAGUUCUGAAUGGCAUUGGUGCCGUUCUGUCAGGAAUGAUAGCAAGGGGCAAAGGUCAUAUUGUGAAUAUGUCAUCGGACUCGGGAAGAGCCACUUGCCCAGGUCUGGCUGUCUAUGCUGGAACCAAGUACUUUGUAGAAGGAAUGACGUCAUCGAUGAGGAAGGAACUGGUUGGAACCGGCAUACGAGUGACUAACAUACAGCCCGGUGACGUCACAACUUCAUUCAAUGAAAAUAAGAUGAUUGAUCAAGAGGCACUGGACAAGUAUUUCAACUCUGAGUUGGACAAGUAUCUGUCUCCAGAUGACAUAGGCAGAGCAGUUGUGUAUGCUGUGAGUCAACCAGACGGUGUGGCAGUUAACGAGAUACUCAUUGAACCUACAGACUUCCCACUAGUUUGAAUCAAAAAUCUCGCUCGAUUUGGUUAAUACGGGCAGUUCUUCCGAGUAUAGUGGUUAUGGGUAAUUAUAUGUAAAGAUAAACGAUCAAUUUUGAAAUCGUAUAUUUCAAACCUAAGCAUUUAUCUCGUUCCUAUUCAUUCCAGAGAAAAUUAGCUUUUUAUUAAGUAAAUAAAAGGCACCUUCAUGUGUAUGUAAUUCAUAUUAUUAAAUGUUGAAUUAAUUUUAUUUUGACACCUAGAUAAAAUUUUGCAGCAUUUUAAUAAAAAUGUAAGGUCAGCCCCUAAUUUAACUGAAUUUUUGAGAAAGACCAAAUUUUUGCAGAAUUUCAAUAAAAAUGCAAGGUUAAUCUAAA